CAGCUCUCAGCUGAUUGAGUUUUCCUGAUUGUGAUUGUGAGUCAUGUCUUGUUCGAAUUCUUUCUAUUUUUCAGUCAGUUUAAAUUAAAACUGAUUACUGUUUCCAAUCCUCGAAGUUGUACAGCUGCAGAAUGUUUCGAACUGGAAAACUUGAUAGUCUUAUUGAAGCAGCUACGAGUAAUUUAAAUCUGGAGCCACCCUGGCCUCAAAUCAUCAAAAUCUGUGACUUAAUUCGACAAGGAGAUGUUCAGCCUAAAGUCGCUCUUGCUGCAGUCAAGAAGAAACUUACAAGUAUCAACCCCCAUACUGCAAUGUAUGCUUUAUUGGUCUUAGAAUCUAUGGUAAAAAACUGUGGGGCAGUCAUCCACGAUGAGGUCGCCUCCUUACAAUUUAUGGAGCAACUUCACGAGUUGGUCAAAACUACACAACACAAGGAAGUGAAAGAAAAAAUUCUGGAGCUUAUUCAAGGAUGGGCUUUUGCUUUUCGAAAAAAUCAAAGAUACCGUGCUGUCCAGGAUGUAGUUACUCUUAUGAAAGCGGAGGGAUGCAGUUUUCCUACUCUAAAUGAGAGUGACGCAAUGUUUACAGUCGACACAGCACCAGAAUGGGCAGAAGGCCACUGCUGUCACAGAUGCCGCGAUGCUUUCACAUUAUUUAAUAGAAAGCAUCAUUGUCGAGCUUGUGGUCAAGUCUUUUGUGGGAAAUGUGCAAGUCAAACGAGCACGUUACCAAAUAUUGGUUUUGAAAAAGAAGUCAGAGUCUGUGAUGUCUGCUAUGAGAAAAGUCAUAAGCCACCUGCAAUAACGAACAAAUCAGAUGAAUCAUUACCUUCGGAAUACUUAAACAGCUCUCUUGCUCAACAGUCUCAGACGCCACCUCGCAAAACUGAGCAGCAGCUACGAGAAGAGGAAGAACUGAACUUAGCGAUAGCACUUUCACAGUCUGAAGCGGAGGCUCAAAAAAAUAAAAGUUUUUCCCGAGCGUCCUCCCUUCCAUCUAGAACUGCAAACUACUCACCACCUGUGACUGAGAGCCCAGAAAAAGAAGAUACAGAUCCAGAGCUGGCACAUUAUCUGAAUAGAGCCUAUUGGGAAAAUCGUCAACAAAAUGACACAGGUACUAUUAAUCGCAGCCCCUCGGCUCCAACGUCUGCGCAGACAACUGCUCCAACUUUGCCUGUGUCCUCCACGUCUAGCUCCUCAAUACAACAGCUGCAAAACGGAGGCAUCGACAACAAUGUAGACAUGGACGAAUUCGUCUCGACUCUAAAAAGUCAGGUGGAUGUAUUCGUAAACCGAAUUAAGUCCAAUUACAGUAGGGGUCGUUCAAUAGCAAAUGAUAGCACUGUCCAAACACCAUUCUUGAACAUAACAGCAAUGCAUUCCAAACUCCUGAAUUUCAUACAAGAGCAGGAUGAUAGUCGGGCAUAUUACGAAGGACUUCAAGAUAAAUUAACUCAAGUGAAAGACGCAAGAGCCGCUCUGGAUGCACUGCGGGAGGAACAUAAAGAAAAAUUAAGGCGUGAAGCAGAAAUGGCGGAGAGGCAGAGGCAGUCUUUGAUGGCACAGAAAUUGGACACUAUGCGUAAGAAGAAACAAGAAUAUCUUCAAUAUCAACGACAGUUGGCUCUACAACGCAUUCAAGAGCAAGAGCGAGAAAUGCUAGUGCGGCAAGAGCAACAGAAACAACAAUAUCUGAUGGGAAGCAUGAAUCCGUACGCCUCAGUCCCUGGUUUCGAAAGUCAAGUGCCUCAGAGUCUACCUCAGCAAGGAGCACCAUACUCAAUACCGCCACAGAUGCCACCAAAUUAUUCGUAUCCGAUGAAUGUGCCUGGUAUGCCGCCUCUUAUCAGACCUGGGCCUCAACCUCAGUUCCCGCCAAAUCUAGUGAUGGGUCCUCAAGGCAUGGUUGUCAAUCAGAAUGUUCCCCCAAUGAUAGGAGAAACAGAAGCAAAUCGUCCUCCAUCUCCCUCUAAAUUAGGUCCCCAAAGUUUACAGCCUCCUCAGUCUUUACAACACAUUCCUGGUGCUCCGCUGCAAGGACUUCAAACUCAGCCCUCGAGUAUGCCCCCGAUGGUGCAGCCCAUAUCUAACAUGACACAACCAAGGAUGCCCAUGCAACCAGGCAUGCCGAAUCAACAGCUAAUGCCCAACCAACACAUGGUGAAUCAACCAAAUCAACCGGUGAUGAGUCAGCCAGGAAUGAUGCCUCAUCCGAUGGUCAAUCAACCCAACAUGCCAAAUCAAGGUAUACCUAUCCCUGUCUCGACCAUGGCGCAGAACCAGCUCCCGGCUGGCGUCCAAUACGGUGCUCCUGUGUCGCAAACAACUCAAAAUGGAAUCGAAGCACCAGGUCAGCCUAAACCAGUAGUGCAAAGCUUUCAACCUGGCCAGGUAAUGGCUAGCACUCUCGUCGCAAAUCUACCAGAUGUACCGAAUGCUCCUUUGGGACCGGCACCCAAUUCUCACUCAAGUAUACCGGCUUCUAAGCAGCCAGAAGCUCAGACAGCAGAACUCAUAAGUUUCGAUUAGCUAGUAUGAUCGAUUUGUAAAAGCUAUUUUUAUUUUUAUACAUAUUUUUUACACUUAUAUUGAGCCAAAAACCCAGACAAAACUUUUGAAGAGCUUAUUAUUCAAUUUCUUUUGUCUAGCAUUUUUACUGAAUGUGAAAAGUUUUUCAUUGCUCGGUUAGCAGAUAAUUUGUAAGGUGUAACGUUAUGUUACAAUUCUUUCUCAAAAUUCUACGAACAAUAUGAUGCUUGCAACAGAAAAUUGAAAAAUCAAUGCCUGCAUGAGAUGUUGAGGAUUGUGACUAUCACCGAUCAUAUGGAAAAAAUUGAAUGAUGUCAUCUGUUUUUAGACGUUUUUCACCUAUUAUAUAACAUAGUGGCUAAGGAUUGAUAUUCAAGCUUUAUGUUGUGCGCAUCUUUUUACUUAAAAUUUUCUAUUGUUGUGUGGACAAUGUUUUAAUUUGUAACUUUUUUGCAGCUGACUGGAAACGUCAUGCUUGUUAUGAAAGUUUCAGAAACUAAAUAACUAAGGUGAAAAUUCUUGAAGCUUCAACACACAUUCCUGCUUUCAAGCCAAGCUUAUCAUGUGCGUAAAAUAUGAAUAUUUGAAUGUAUCAAAGAUAUUUUAUCUCCAUAUAACCCCAAUGAAAUGAAUGACUGCGAUUUUAGGGUCUUUGCUCCGCGAGUCAUUCAUAAGCCAAUGCAUGGACGUCUUGCUCCAAAUGGGAUGCAGGCUGCCAUAUUGCAGGAACAUAUUCUACUGUUCUAAGGAAAAAGCGCUGCAUGAGCAUUUGAAUUUUGCUAUGUUUCCUCCCAGAAAAGAUUUAUGUUUGAAGAAAGUCAUGAAUAUUUCUAAAGUUUUCAAAUAUUCAGAUCAAAUGAUGAGCAGAAUUCUCUGAAAAAUGAUAACAAAAUGUUUGCAGUGUUUACCAAAAGUUCGUAAUUUAUGAAAGAAAAUUUGGCAACAAUGGAAGGCAUAUACGGCACUCUUCCUUAGCACUGCUGAGGAAAUAUCGAUUGUUUUAAUAAAGGACUGUAAUUUUCUGGUCAUCAUCA